AUGCCCGACGGAAUUGGAGCCCACGUGAACAAGAGGAAGAGGGGAGGCGGCGACGAGAAUGGCGGACGAGGCGGCGCCGGCGGCGGUGGUCGCGGCGGCCGCAGGGGUGGACGAGGCGGCGGUCGCGGCGGCGGACGACAGCAGCAGCCGCACCGAGAGCAGACCGGCGGAGAGGAGUUCGUGCGGCCCGCUGCCGCGGACGACAUGGAGGCGGAGGAGGAGAUGAUCGUCGAGUCGCUCGGCGAGGUCGAAGUCGCCGACGGUACGCUCGCCACCACCGCCACCAACAACAAGAAGCAGAACAAGAAGGGCAACAAGAACAAGAAACAGAAAACCGCCCAUGAAGAAGCUCCCGCCGCUCCUGCUGCUGAUGCCACGGAGUCGAAGCCGUUCAUGACGAAGACGACGUUCGCGUCGAUGUCCAACCUGAUCUGCCGCGAGUCGCUGCAGGCCCUGCAGCAGGCCGGGUUCACCUACAUGACCCAGGUGCAGGAGGCGGCCAUCCCGAUUGCGGUGACCGGCAAGGAUCUCAUCGCCAAGGCCCGCACCGGUACCGGCAAGACGCUGGGCUUCCUCAUGCCCUCCAUCGAGCGCCUUCACGCCAAGAAGUACUCGCGCCCGCUGUUCACGCCGCCGGGCAAGAUCGCGAUCCUGGUGAUCUCGCCCACGAGGGAGCUGGCCAUGCAGACCAUGAAGGAGGCCCAGAUGCUCCUCAAGCAGCACCGCUACCGCGCGCAGUGCGUGAUCGGCGGAACCAACAUCAAGUCAGAGCAGCGCAACCUGAACCAGGGCGGCGUCGACAUCCUGGUGGCCACGCCCGGCCGCCUGCUGGACCAUAUCCAAAACAGCCGCGGCGUGCGCGAGCUGCUCGAUUCGGUGUCGGUGCUGGUGCUCGAUGAGGCGGACAAGCUGCUGGAGAUGGGCUUCAAGAAGGACAUCGACACCAUCGUCUCGUACCUGCCCCCCACGGGCCACCGCCAGACGCUGCUCUUCUCGGCCACCAUGCCCGACCAGCUCGCACAGCUCGUGCGCAACAUCAUCGCGCCGACCCACCAGACCAUCGACACGGUGGGCGACGACCAGACCAACGUCCAGGUCAAGCAGGAGUACGUCAUCGCCCCGUUCAAGGACCAGAUCCCGAUCUUCUACCAGAUGGUGAGGGAGCACAUGGCCAGCGAGCGGGACUACAAGAUCAUCGCCUUCUUCGUCACGGCGCGCAUGACCCAAUUCAUGGCCAACCUCUUCAACGACUGCCUGGGCAUUCCCACGCUCGAGAUCCACUCGCGCAAGUCCCAGAGCCAGCGAACAUCCACCUCGGACAAGUUCAGGAAGGGCAAGAACGUCAUCAUGUUCUCCUCCGACGUCUCUGCUCGCGGCGUCGACUACCCUGAUGUCACCCUCGUCCUCCAGAUGGGUCUCCCUGCCGAUUCGGCGCAGUACAUCCACAGGCUGGGCCGUACUGCCAGGGCCGGCAAGGAGGGAUCGGGUCUGCUCCUGCUCGCCGACUUCGAGGCCAAGUUCCUAGGCAAGCUUCGCGAACUGCCCAUCACCGAGUACAAGCCGAAGCGACCGCUGGCCACCUACGAGACCAUGCCGGCCGAGAUGAUGGCGCUGCAGGGCCAUAAGGGCGCGCGAGGCCUCAAGAAGCUGCAGGACGGUAUAGGCCAGGCCUACCAGUCGUGGCUGGGCUACUACAACGGCCACUCGAGGUACCUCAACUGGAGCAAGGAGCAGCUCGUGGCCCAGGCCAACGAGCUCGCCACCAUCCUCGGCGCCGACCGCCCGCCCAAGCUCACCGCCCAGUGCAUCGGCAAGAUGGGCCUGCGCGGCGUGCGCGGCCUUGCCAUGUAA